AUUGCACAGUUUGAACUGUCACUGGCAUGGUCAUUGCAUUACUCCAUUGUUUCUUUUACAAAUAAUAUUUCCGGGAGGAAAUCAUCAAGGUUGCUGCGACUGAACUGUGACAGACUACGAACGAGAAAGUUUCGAUUUGGUCGUUGUAGUACAAUUACUCAUUUUUUAUACUUUUGGCCCUACUCUUGGCGUUGUAGAAGCUUCUAUAUUUGGUUGGAAUUUUUCAAAAUCAUGGUUGAUCGUUUAGUGAAUAGCGAGGCGAACGCUCGUAGAAUAAACAACGUCGAGAAAUGUUUUGGUGCAUCAGGUCAACCUUUAGCCAUACAUGGACGUGUUCUUGUUGGUGAAGGAGUCUUAACAAAGUUAUGUCGAAAAAAACCAAAACCAAGACAAUUUUUCCUUUUCAACGAUAUUCUUGUUUAUGGUAAUAUUGUUAUUAACAAAAAGAAAUACAAUAAGCAACAUACCCUGCCAUUAGAAGGUGUUCAAUUGCUUGCAAUUGAAGAUGAUGAAGUUUUGAAACAUGGUUGGCAAAUCAUUUCUCAAAAGAAAUCAUUUGCUGUUUAUGCAGCCACUGCAACUGAAAAAGCCGAAUGGAUGGCUCACAUCAAUAAAUGCAUCACAGAUCUUCUUUCAAAAACUGGAAAACAACCCUCCACGGAGCAUGCAGCAGUUUGGAUCCCAGAUAAUGAAGCCUCAUUAUGCAUGCUUUGUAGAAAAACUAAAUUUACCACUCUGAAUCGCCGACAUCAUUGUCGAAAAUGUGGUGGUGUUGUUUGUGGUGAUUGUUCUACAAAGAGAUUCUUAUUACCUCAACAGUCAUCAAAACCUUUGCGAGUGUGUGACAAAUGUUAUAGUGAAUUAACCAAUGAAGUAAAUAGUAGGGACAUUGUAAAGUCAUCAAAUAAAGAAAAGAGACCCACAAGACCUCCACCACCUAAAGCAACAGCUAAUAAAAAAGAACAACACAGGGUUGACAGUGGAUCAUCAGGUGAAGAAAGUGAUGAUGAUGGAGAUCAAACUGAUGAUCUUGAAGUAGAAACACAGCCAACAUUUUACAAAGAAAAUGGCCAACAAGAUAUAAAUGGUAAGAUGGACGAAGAAGAAGUCUCAAUAUAAAUGGUAGCAUGGACCUUUUGGACAAAUCAAAUGGAGAAGAUUGAGAGAAAUGAAUUUAUAUAAUUGACAUUGCUAGAAAUACAAACAAAUGCCUACUUUAUUUUUGGAUGCUAUUCUCUAUGUUUUUAUACUUUGUACAGCAAAUUUAUCAAGCUUAAAUUAAUGACAUUUAUAGACCAAGCAA